AUGCAGGCUGCGGGCCAGGCCCCUGAUGAGACCAUAUUCACGCACCUGGCGCGCGCCGCCGCCGCGCGCGGCGACCCAGACGCUGCCCUCAGCUUUGCUAGGGAGGUGGUGGCGGCGGAGCGGGGCGGCGGCGGCGGCGGCGGCGGCAAGAUGGUGGCGCGGCUGCGGACGUUCCAGCCAGCGCUGGUGGGUCUGGCGCUGGCGGGGCGCGCUGACGAGGCGCUGGCGGUUGCUGAUGAGCUGGCGGCGCUGGGGCGCGACUACCUGGACCUGACGGAGUCUGAGUACGCACUGCUGCUGGAGGCCGUGGCGCGGGGCGGCAGCUACGCGCAGUUCGCCGCCCUGCUUGGCCGCAUGCAGGCCGACCUCAACCAGCUGCGGCCCUCGACCCUGGCUCUGGUGGAGCGCUUCUUCGCAACGCCCGGGGCGGCGGCGGCGUUCGCGGAGGGCGGGCCCAUGGCAGGGCGCGGUGUGGGGUGGGAGGCGGCGCGGUGGGUGGCGGUGGACCGCUCCGGCUUCAGUGCAGACGCGGGCGAGCCCUUGGGCUGCAUCGACCUGUCGCCCGCCGGCUGGCAGUCCCUGCUGGGCACCAUAUUCGAUGCCAUGGGGGCGGCGCGGCACGGCACAGAGCAGGCCCGGAGGGACUUCGAGGCUUGGCUGUCCUGCCACGGGCCCUACGAAGCCAUCAUCGACGGCGCCAACGCUGCGCUGUUCGGCCGCCACGACCCACCCCACACGCUCGACCUCGGGCAGGUGCGGGCCGUGUGGGAUGCCGUUCAGCUCAGGUUCCCAGACCUCCGACCCCUCGUGGUGCUAUCGAGCGGCAAGCGGCGGGAGGUGGCGGCCAGGGACCCCUCCGACGCCGACGCCGCAUGGCUGCUGCGGCUGCAGCGGGAGCGGCGGCUGUACGUGACCCCGCGGGACUGCCAUGAUGACUGGUUCUGGCUCUACGCGGCCGUCCGAGCGGGGGAGAAGGGAGUUUUGGUGACCAACGACGAGCUCAGGGACCACAUAUAUGCGCUGCUGCGCCCAAAGCACUUCUUCCGGUGGAAGGAGCGCCACAUCGCGCGCUUCACCCUCCCGCAGCGCCCGGCCGCCGCACCCGGCCGCGCCGGCGCCGCCGCCGCCGCGUGGCUGCACCUGCCGUCGCCGUUCACGCCGUGCGUGCAGCAGCUGCCGGGGAGCGGCGCGUGGAUGGUGCCCGCGGCCGAUCGCGACGAUUGGCUGCUCAUCCGGCCCAGGGCGGGCUAA